GUCGUUGGUUAAUACGUAGGUAGUAUUCAGUGGUGAGGCCUGCGUGCGGGCCGUGGUGAGCCAACAGGUGUUUUGGAUUCGGUUUUACCAGUACCGGUUCUCUUCUGAUUCUUUAGUGGUGCUCGCGCCGCUACCUUUCACUGACGAAUCUGUACGUCGGCCGAAUCUUUACCUGCGGAUACAACUCGCCGCGAAGAUACGUAAUAUGAUGUCUGAAACCGCGGUAACAAUGGACGGUUCCAGCAACAACGCCAGCAACAAUCCCCGACAAGUGCCCACGAUGAAGACGGAACCAGGUCAACCGAACCCUCUGGCAGGCAUUACAUUAAAUGUACCUUACUUCAAAACUAUACCGGGCAUCAUUAAAUUAGUACAAUUGGUUCUUGGGAUAAUAUGCAUGGCAUGCGCAUCACCGGCGAAAGUGUCCGCCACCCACUGGUUUCUGUUUGUCGUCGUUACAGCCUUCAUCUCCAGCGUUCUGUGGUGUUUCAUUUACUUCUUGUCGAUCCGGGAGGCACUUAAACUACCGAUCAACUGGAUCUUGUCGGAACUUCUGAAUACGGCGGUGUUCACCUUUCUGUACUUGAUUGGCUUCAUUGCCCAGCUGUCUCACUGGAGUGCGUUGCACGGUAAUCUCGUAUCGUCGAAUAUCGCCGCCGGGGUAUUCGGAAUCUUCAACACGAUCGCUUACGCCGCAGGAGCGUACUUCUUGUUCGUCGAAUGGAAGAGCAACUCCACGCAGUGAAGAGGACCGAAGGUACUCGAAGAGACAUCAAGGUACCUGAAGAGCACCUACGGUCAGACUACUACACCGCGGAUCUAUAUCCGGUCCUGCGUUCCACGAUUCGUCAACAGCAAGGACACGGUCUCCGGAAAUGACACGGAAUACCAUAGAACUCGCCGAUAUCGACGGGUCGAAGCUAGUCCAACGAGGAGACCCUUUUCAAAUCGAGUGUCGUAGUUUAACCAGAGACUCUGUAACCCAUGUGCCUUAAGGAUAGUUCGCUCGACUACGCGUUUCGAUGAUCGCCCUCGUCGCUGCGUCGAAAACACGAAGGGGAAGAGUAGUAUUCCGAACGAUCGCGGGCGCGAUCAUCGAUCGCAAAGACGUAUGUACAAUUAAGAAGAACUCUGCGCCAGCCCAGGACGGGUUAUCGCGUCGACGGGAUGUCCGCGUGGUAAUCGGCUUAUCGUCACGUCGCGUACAUCUCGUGGCAUCUCGUCACCGCGUGAUUCAACGGCUUUCUCGAUGGGAACAGUUGUAAUUAGAGGGAAUAUUUGUAGCGGCUGUCUCGCAAUAAUCGCGCCACGAGUUCGAUAAUGUCCAUAUUGGAUAGACGAAUCCUCGCGGCUGAUUCUCGCGAACGACAAAACUUACAAAACGAGUAAAUACACGCUCUUCUCUCGUUGUUUGCUAACGUAUACAGCGCGUGCGCCACGCUCCCGUCCAGUUCACUUUUCUAACUGCGUACCUUUUUCACACUGUCGCGAAUUUUUAUUUAUAUGUAUACACAAAUUAUAUCUAUAUACAUGCAUAUAUGCGUAUACCUAUACAGAUACAGAUACAGAUACAUCGUACACGUGCAUAUACAUAUACAUAUAUAUACAUGUACAUUUAUAUUUUCUAUCACUCACACGCAAUGGGGCACCUGUGUAAUUCCACGUUCGGCGAUGCAUACGUAAAACAAGGCAAAAUUCGAUACGAGGCAAAUGAAACUAUGCGAGUAUCUACAUUGUAUUCUCUUCUGUGUACACAUUACCAUUGAAAUACACAAUCGUUUUUAA